AGAACACACACUAGUGAGAAACUUUUUUCCUGCGCAGAUUGCGGUAAAAGAUUCUCUGCGAAGGAAAACUUAAAAGGUCACACAAGAACCCACACUGGUGAGAAACCUUUUUCUUGCUCAGUUUGCGGUCAAAGAUUCUCUUGGAAGGGAGACUUAAAAAGACACAUGAGAACCCACACUGGUGAGAAACCUUUUUCUUGCUCAGUUUGCGGUCAAAGAUUCUCUUGGAAGGGAGUCUUAAAAAUGCACAUAACAACCCACACUGGUGAGAAACCUUUUUCCUGCUCAGUUUGUGGCCAAAGAUUCUCUGUAAAGAGUCACUUAAAAAGUCACACAAGAACCCACACUGGUGAGAAACCUUUUUCCUGCUCAGUUUGCAGUAAAAGAUUCACUCAGAAGGGACAUUUAAAUACACAUACAAGAACCCACACUGGUGAGAAACCUUUUUCCUGCUCAGUUUGUGGUAAAAGAUUUGCUUGUAAGGGACACUUAAAUAAACACAAUAGAAUACACACUGGUGAGAAACCUUUUGCCUGCGCAGAUUGCGGUCAAAGAUUCAUUAACAAGGAAAGCUUUAAAAUACACACACUAACCCACACUGGUGAGAAACCUUUUUCCUGCUCAGUUUGUGGUAAAAGAUUCUCUGCGAAGGGAGACUCAAAAAUACACACAAGAACACACACCGGUGAGAAACCUUUUGCCUGUGCAGAUUGCGGUCAAAGAUUCUAUGCGAAGGCAAACGUUAAAAAACACACAAGAACCCACACUGGUGAGAAAGCUUUUGCCUGCGCAGAUUGCGGUCAAAGAUUCUCUGCGAAGGAAAUCUUAAAAAAACCCACAAGAACCCACACUGGUGAAAAAGCUUUUGCCUGCUCAGUUUGUGAUAAAAGAUUCUCUGAAAAGAGUACCUUAAAAGGUCACACAAGAACCCACAUUGGUGAGAAACCUUUUUGUUGCUCAGUUUGCGGUCAAAGAUUCUCUUGGAAGGGAGACUUAAAAAGACACAAGAACCCACACUGGUGAGAAACCUUUUUCUUGCUCAGUUUGCGGUCAAAGAUUCUCUUGGAAGAGAACCUUAAAAAUACACACAAUAACACACACUGUUGAGAAACCUUUUUCCUGCUCAGUUGCAGUUAAAGAUUCACUCAGAAAGGACAUUUAAAAAUAUACACAAGAGACUGGGUUUUCUCCGGGCACUCCGGUUUCCUCCCACCUCCCAAAAACCUGCAUGGUAGGUUGAUUGAGGACUAAGCGGUAAAGAAAAUGGGUGGAUGGACAGUAAAGUGUGCUGUAUGUAAUGAUUUAGACAGAACAUUGUUGGGUUUCCAAAAGAUACAGUAGCUAUCAUUUUUGACAUUUUGUUGUCAAUACGUGGCUUCCAACAGAGCUUGGCAUCGAUAAUCACGCCAAGAAAUUUAUUAUGUUAAACGUUUUCUAUCUUAAUGGAAUGUACUGUGGGUUUAACCUGGUGUCUUAUUUGUUUAGUGCCCCAAAUGAUCAAUUUAGUAUUGUUUAAAUGGAAUGAGAGCAAUUGUGGGGGGCUGGAGAUCAGUUUUAGGGGGGCUUGGACUAUGAACCUUCACCAUUAGCACAUAUUACCAAAUAUUUUUUGGGGGAGCUUGCUAAAUUUUUAGGGGGGCUAAAGCUAAAACAGCUAAACCCUAAACUAGGCCUAACGAUGCCAGUGGAUUACAGAUUUCUCUGAAUGGCUGUACUAUUCUCUCUAAAAUGCUUUUUACUAAUACAAAUAGCAAUAUCAAAACAAUCAGUGUUUUUAUUUUUGAGUUUUGACAAUAUCUAGUCGUUAUAAUUUAGACCAUUCACAAACAGAGGAUGUUUUUUAUUUAUGUAUUUGCUGGAACUGGAAUUUAUUUUGCUAGGUCACAACCAAUAUGGACUUUCUCUUUGUCAAGCCAGGUUUCUGAUAUUGCAAUUAUAUUAACUGCUUUGAAUUAAUUCAAAUCUUUAAUUUUAAGU